AUGUCUUCCUCUACCAGCUCUAAUCACACAGUCACUAUCAAGAGCACCUUGAAGGAUAUUACUAACUGGAUCGACUGGUACGAAGAGAUCAAGAACUACGCCCAACGCAUCAAAGUUUGGGACUACGUCAACCCAACCUUUGUCGAAACCCCUGCCUUAGAUGGAAAGGAAGCUGUAGCGCAGCCUAUCUAUAAGUCUCCUACCAUUCCUUCUCGUCUAACUGCAGACACGGAUCUCAGCCUACAACAAUGGAUCUGGAAAUCCUUUGACUACGAGAAAAGGGAGUACGAUCUCCGUGAAAAUGAACUGAAGAACCUGGCCAACGCUAUCACCGCUUCUGUCAGUGGUGGUAUGACUCGAUACAUCAAGGAUAAAUAUCUCGCCAAGGACAUGUUGGAGUCGCUCCACCGUUACGCCGCCCCACAGUCAACUUAA